GUGGUUAGAGGCCAACGAAACGGGUGACGCUACACACACUAACAUCACAGUAGCCGUCGCUUGUAUAAAGGAGGGUGUUUGGAGGACCGUCAAAACAGACACAAUUUGACAAGCUAGCAGAGAACUCCAACACUGAGUAAUACAUACAAAGAACCCAAUGAUCGUGUUCCCCCAAACAUGCUUAUCUUAGUCACAUCACCAUCAAGGGAACUGCAUCCACUCAACAUUGACAUGGAGGACAACAGAAUAAAGCAGACAAAGGGAUGCGACUUGAGGUCCCGACUACAACGCAGAUCUUCCCAUGCCCCUAACACUGAACGACUUAGUACCGAGGAAAUGAUCCUGUGGUCCCAGUCUUUGGAGAGACUUCUCACGUCAAAAUAUGGCAUGGCAACAUUUCAGGCCUUUCUGAAAUCAGAGUUCAGCGAUGAGAACAUUGAAUUCUGGCUGAUCUGUGAAGACUACAAGAAGAUUAAGUCCUCCUUCAGGCUCUCCUCCAGGGCCAAGAAGAUCUACAAGACAUACAUUGAAGCUGAGGCUCCAAAAGAGGCAUGUUGUACUCACAAACAUAGUAUAAUACUUCACAAAAACAUGUACAUCUUUGAUCACAUCAACAUUGACCACAAGACCAGAGAUCUCAUCGGGCAGAAUGUGAAGACGCCCUCCACAGUUUGCUUCGACGAGGCCCAGAGGAUUGUGUACAGCCUGAUGGAGAAAGAUUCCUACCCCAGGUUCCUCAGAUCCAACAUCUACAGGACCUUAUUGGACUCCGCAUCAGACUACACGAAGAUGUGAAUGAAUACCGAUGAUAGAAACUGAACUGAGGCUUCCAACAAUGGACUGCAAUGUUUCACAGCCAGGGAGCUUCUACAAACAGGAUUCAUAAGAAGAUGCUUCCGAGUGUGAAUUAUACUGGGUACAGAUGUACGAGGCCUAUGGGAAUGCUGGGAGGAACAUACAGAAGUGACUGUGCUGGCAAGCCUUCUUGACAUUUGUGUUUAGUCUAUGUACUUUCACUUGAAAGAGGAACAUACGUCACAUAGAAGGGGACUAAAGAGAUCAUAGAAAUAUAAUGUUGAUUCUAUUUCUACGACAGAGACAUGGUGGUGUCAGGGGAUUACCUUGCAUGGCAUGUUAUUGCUAGGGACUUUCUGUGUCAAAGUUCCGGGGAUGUUUACUAUGUAGAAUCUAAACAGUCUGGGCUGUAACUGUAUGAAAAGGUAUCUGCAGUUGCACAUAAUCUGCAGGUCAUCAGUUGAGUUAUAAGGCAUUUGAUAAAAUAAUCUACUAAAUUUGACUUUUUUUAAAACCACAAUUUUAGAAUGGGUAAUUUUGUUUACUUUAACACAAUGAGGCAUGUUUGUGAUGUAAGCUUUAAAAAAUAACAUUAUGGAGAAUUGAUUUUGUGAAGAAAUUACUGAAUGUAAAAAAUGCUGUUGAUACACUGGAUAUGUGUAAAAAAUUCAGAUUUCUAUAGGUGUAUUUAUAAAAUGGCACAUGGUUUCCAAAUUCGAACAGCUAAAUUAUACAUUUAGUAAAAACAAAAAUUCACAAAAAUGUAAAUGCUUCAAACCUUCAAAGCACUUUUAAAAUAUCCUAAUAUUUGACUGCAUUUGUUUGUUAAGGAGCUUCCCAAACUUUACUGAAAGGGUAAUGUCACGAGUUGGAAAUAUGACAGGUUAUUUUCGAUCUGGGUUGAGCAGGCAGAAGCAGGAAACAAGGCACUAGUUUCACCAUUUAAUACAUAAUAAGUAAUGGUUUACACGUUUACCUUUUCAUCCGUGGCUUUUCUCAUGGCCCAGGAACAUUUACAAACCAUGCAAUUUAAAAUGACACUAACAAACCAAUCAAAGUAAGCGAAAGGCACAGGAAGUGGGGCAGUCCAGGAGGCAGGUGUCCAUCUUGUUUUCGUCAAACUCACAAGAAUCCAUUUCCCUCCAUGCUCCCAGAAACCACCAUCCCACUGGGCACAAACUGGUUGAAUCAACAUUGUUUCAAUGUAAUUUCUCAACUUAAUGUGAUGUGGAAUCUACGUGGAAAAUACAUUGGAUUCUAACAAA